GCAAAACCCUAACUAGCUUAAAAACCAUCGUUUAUAGGGAAGUGGUCUUGGGAGCUACUGUGAUUCGAGAUCUGCUGCAUCAAUGGCGACUGCUAAAACUGUGAAGGACGUCUCUCCACACGAGUUCGUGAAGGCCUACGCCGCUCACCUGAAGCGCUCCGGCAAGAUGGAGCUUCCAGAGUGGACCGAUAUUGUGAAAACUGGUGUGCUGAAAGAACUUGCUCCUUAUGAUCCUGACUGGUACUACAUUAGGGCUGCUUCCAUGGCUAGGAAAAUAUAUUUGAGGGGAGGUAUAGGUGUUGGUGCCUUCCGCAGGAUUUAUGGUGGGAGCAAGAGGAAUGGAAGCCGUCCACCCCAUUUCGGCAAAAGCAGUGGUUCUGUUGCUCGCCACAUCCUUCAACAGUUGCAGACUAUGAACAUCAUUGACAUUGAUACAAGCGGUGGUAGAAAAAUCACAUCCAGUGGCCGGCGGGAUCUUGAUCAAGUUGCAGGAAGAAUUGUUGUAGUUGCACCUUGAUAGGUUGUUCAUUGAUUAUGGAGGCUUGUGUUUUCACUUUCUGUAAAGCAUUUUGCUAAGCAGCGAUCUUCUAACAUUUUGUGGUUGCAAAUGUCAGCACGGUUACUAUGUUUCUGACUUCAGUAAUUUUUGCUAUUUAAAUUUUGCCCGAGUUGGAUAAGUGAGUUUUGUUUUGAUAUGGGGCAGUGGAUUGAGGUAAGAAGUGUACAUCACCUCAGAAUGCUUGCUUGAACGGUGUAGGAUGCGUCACCCUUUUUCCACAUCCUCUCAAAGAAUUUAUUCACAAGUAGUGCAAUUCACACUCCCAUUGGAGAUGCUCGUCUCUGAGUCUUAUGAUUUACUUGUCACAUGUACAAUAAUGCAUAUUGCUGCAUUGGAGAUAUCAAUCUUUGUUUUAUUAUCA